GGAGACCGGAUAUAGUGAAUGCAGGGUCCAGGGGGGGGGAGACCGGAUAUAGUGAAUGCAGGGUCCGGGGAGACCGGAUAAAGUGAAUGCAGGGUCCGGGGAGACCGGAUAUAGUGAAUGCAGGAGUCCGGAUAUAGGAAUGCAGGGUCCGGGGAGGAUUAUAGUGAAUUGCAGGGUCCGGGGAGACGUGGGAUAUAGUGAAUGCAGGGUCCGGGGAGACCGGAUAUAGUGAAUGCAGGGUCCGGGGAGACCGGAUAUAGUGAAUGCAGGGUCCGGGGGGAGACCAGAUAUAGUGAAUGCAGGGUCCGGGGAGACCAGAUAUAUAGUGAAUGCAGGUCCGGGGAGACCAGAUAUAGUGAAUGCAGGGGUCCGGGGGGGACCAGAUAUAGUGAAUGCAGGGUCUGGGGAGAGACCAGGAUAUAGUGAAUGCAGGGUCCGGGGGAGACCAGAUAUAGUGAAUGCAGGGUCCAGGGUUUAAAGAUAUAAUGAGGAAGGAU